AUGGGAAACAACUGCGUUGGAUCGACGAAGGACGGUCUCUUCCAUUCCGUCUCGAAUUCGCUUUGGUGGUCUCGAUCGACAGGUUUUGUUUCUCAUGGCAGUAGAGGAAUUAAUAGUACUGAUGCAACACCACAAUUGAGUCAGAAGAACUCAGAAGCUCCUCUUUAUGUUCAAAACAAUGCCCCGGAACAAGUUAAAAUAGAAAAGGAAGACUAUAAGCCGGUGCAGCCUUCAAAUCAAAAGGAGAAGGUUCAACCAGACAAGCCUAAGGAACCGGCACAACCUCAGAAGCAGAAAGAAGAGACCAUACUUGCAAGACAAGUAACACUUCAAAAAGGAGAGACUAAACCAGCACAACCAAAAAUUCACAAGGAACCAGGACAACCAAUACCACAAAAGGCAGAGACUAAGCCAGCAGUGGCGGCGAGACCAAAGAAGCCUCAUAGUGUCAAGAGGGUAGCAAGUGCAGGGCUUCAGGCUGACUCUGUCUUGCAAACCAAAACAGGUCAUUUGAAGGAGUUCUUCAAUUUGGGCCAAAAGCUUGGACAUGGGCAGUUUGGGACAACUUUUCUUUGUGUGGAGAAAUCAACUGGAAAGGAGUAUGCUUGUAAAUCCAUUGCUAAAAGGAAACUGCUGACUACAGAAGAUGUGGAGGAUGUGAGGAGAGAAAUUCAAAUAAUGCAUCAUUUGGCAGGGAAUCAAAAUGUGAUCGCGAUUAAGGCAGCGUAUGAGGAUGCUGUUGCAGUUCAUGUUGUCAUGGAAUUAUGUUCAGGGGGUGAGCUGUUUGAUCGGAUUAUCAAGCGGGGCCAUUUCACCGAAAGAAAGGCAGCACAACUAACAAGGACUAUAGUUGGUGUUAUAGAAGCCUGCCAUUCUUUGGGUGUCAUGCAUCGUGAUCUUAAGCCGGAGAACUUUCUUUUCGUCAAUGAGGACGAGGAUUCGUCCCUUAAGGCUAUAGAUUUUGGAUUAUCAAUAUUCUUUAAGCCAGGGGAGAUUUUCAGUGAUGUGGUUGGAAGCCCGUAUUAUGUUGCACCUGAAGUCCUGCGCAAGCACUAUGGUCCAGAAGCAGAUGUAUGGAGUGCUGGUGUUAUCAUUUACAUUCUCUUAAGUGGGGUGCCUCCGUUUUGGGGUGAAACUGAGCAAGAGAUAUUUGAAGAGGUUUUGCAUGGUGAUCUUGACUUCUCAUCAGAUCCCUGGCCUAGUAUUUCUCAAAGUGCCAAAGAUCUAGUUAAGAAGAUGCUUGUUAGAAACCCGAAAAAGAGGAUAACUGCUCAUCAAGUUCUGUGCCACCCUUGGGUUCAGGUUGAUGGAGUGGCUCCAGACAAGCCUCUUGAUUCCGCAGUUUUAAGUCGCUUGAAGCAGUUUUCUGCAAUGCACAAAAUUAAGAAAAUGGCUCUUAGAGUCAUUGCAGAGCACCUCUCUGAAGAAGAAAUUGCUGGUUUAAAAGAAAUGUUCAAAAUGAUAGAUACUGACAAUAGCGGUCAAAUUACUUUUGAAGAACUUAGAGAUGGACUGAAAAGAUUUGGAGCUAAUCUAAAUGAGUCUGAAAUAUAUGAUCUUAUGCAAGCUGCAGAUGUUGACAAUAGUGGCACAAUCGAUUACGGGGAGUUCAUAGCAGCAACUUUGCAUCUAAACAAAGUAGAGAGAGAAGAUCAUUUGUUUGCAGCUUUCUCAUACUUUGACAAAGAUGGCAGUGGCUAUAUCACUCAAGAUGAACUUCAACAAGCCUGUGAGGAGUUUGGCAUUGUGGAUGUUCACUUGGAAGAGCUGAUCCGGGAAGUGGAUCAGGACAAUGAUGGUCGGAUCGAUUACAACGAGUUCGUUGCCAUGAUGAAGAAAGGCAAUGCAGAUUUUGACAAGAAAGGCCUUCAUACAAGUGCUAUUAGCAUUGGAUUUAGGGAGGCUCUAUCUGUUUGUUAAAAGGCAGUGAGGAAUUUUUCUUUGGACACAUUUUCCUUCCACCUUUCAUGAAUGUCUGGAACUUUUCAAGGCUUACAGAUAGAUCAUGAGGGCUCUGGUAAAUAUGAAUAGAUGCCUGCAACUUCACUGCUCCAACAUUUGAAUUUGCCCAAAUAGUUCUCAUUCACUAAUUUGUAUUGGAACAGAUGGGACAAUAGACUAUCUUCGCAUGUAAUAUAUGGUAGAAAGAAAUCACUGUACAUAAAGAGGCAUAACCUCAUUCUUGUUAUUAGUUUAUGUUAAUUUUUUUUUUCUUAAUGGUUGUUAUUAAAUCAAGAGGAAGAUUUUUUAAAGA